ACUGACACCAAUAUGGAAGCUAUCCAUUUCAGGAGAGUUUGGAGCAGAUUUGAGGGUGAAGCGCCUACAAACGUCUCCAUUUAACUGCAUUUAUUUGUUUUUCUCCGGAAUAUGACUGAGCAACUUUGAAUCCAUGUGUGUUAUUUUGUGUUUCCGCCAGUAGUAAAACUGAAGGAAGUCGCUUGCUGUUUUUACAAGCCAUCUUCACGUAGGUAAGAUUUCUAGCAAAAUUACUCUAUAAAAUUAGCAGUGAAGAGAAGUGUUUUCCUCUGCUAGAUGGACUUCUGAGGAUGCUCUUAUGCCUAAGAGUCUAAUAACAACCUACGCCCUCUGGGCAGUGGGAGGCCCACUGGGACUUCAUCACCUGUACCUGAGAAGGGACAGCCAUGCUCUCUUGUGGAUGCUCACUUUGGGUGGUUUUGGGUUCGGUUGGCUCAGAGAGUUCUUCCGAAUCCCAGCUUACGUGAGCGAAGCCAACAAAGAGGCUGAGAGAGUCAGACGCCCGUCCAACAAUCCUCCACCAAUCGGCUUGGUUCGCGUUGCUGGUCAGGUUUGCGUCGGCAUUUACUUUGGAUCGCUUGCUUUGAUCAGUCUGAACUCUCUGAACUUUUUCUACCUGCUUGUGCUGCCAUUGAGUGUUGGUGCAGGGGUGCACCUGGUGUCCAGCGUUGGUCAGCAGACUUCUGACCCGCAGAAGAUCCUCACAGCAUGUAUCAUGACCUCGGCCAUAUUCUACGGCAGCAAACUUUCACCUCUUCCCAUAAGCUUAGCAGCUAGUGUCACUGCCGCACAGCAUAGAAAGUUUAAACUUCCUCAACAUGUAAGAUCUACACCAGAGCCAUUGGGACCUCGUGUCUAUCGCCUUAGCCUAGCUCUGCUGGCUUUCUCAGCUCCUCUCGGAUACUGCGUUUUUCACAACACCACAGCUACUUUAUACUACAUUUCAGACUGUGUGGCAGCAUUUCUUGACAUGUUUUGGUUCUUUCCUUGGCUCAGAGGGGUUGUGGAGUACUUUCUGCUGUUGCCAUACCGGAUCUUGUGCGCGAUGACUGGAGGGAGUUAUUAUGAGGAGAGCUGGAAGAAGGUUCUGGAAAUACUUCUCAAUGAAUACAGCAAAAGAGAGAUCGAGGCAAUGAAGGUGCUGUCAGUGUCUGAGGGAGCCACGCUGGAGGAGAUCUCUCACAGCUACAGGGAGCUCGCUAAAUUAUGGCACCCAGACCGGAACCCCAAGAAGAAACAAGAAGCAGAGGAAAUGUUCAUUAAAAUCAAUGAUGCAUAUGAGACUCUGCUCCACAGAUAUAAGCCUCAAAGCAGGAAAUGACUUCAGACUGCAUGUCUGUAGUAGUCUACCAUCCAGUGGUCAUAAAGUGUACUUUCUGGAAUGUAACUUUUGCAUUAGU